ACUCGACAACAGAGGGCGCUCGCCGUUCCAGAUCCAGCUGCUGUUCAAGUUUCUCUCGCUUUGCACCGCCUUGCAGUUGCAUGCAUGCCUCGCUUGUAAACAACUAAAAUCAACCCUUCCUAAAAAUAUUUUAACAAAAUGUCAGUGCUUUGGUGAUCAGUUUCUAGUGUAAUUGUAAAAUUAUAAAACACAUGCCAAAAUGGCAACAAGGGAUCCUUUGCUGAGCAAUCUGAAAGCUGUGUUGUUGAGGCUGAAGGAGAACAAACAGCCAAUCACAGACGGCGACCCAGACCUUCUGAUUCUUUGUGAUACAAUGGAGUGCAUCCUGCGCAAGGGACUGAAAAAGCCUGGCUCCUUGUUUGGCUUAUACAAACGAGACUACUGGUGUUGGAUGGAAUCCAUGAUCACUGCCCCAGGGAGUGCCAGGCUGCAUCCCAUGUUCCCAAUAGCCAUUGAAGCCUGCAAGUCAUCCAACAAGGUGAGAUCCCACCAGGGGCGUGGUCGCCUACUGCUUCGCAUCUGCCUCCAUAAAAAGAUUCUUGCUGUGCCUAUAGAGCAACUUCUUAAGAACUCAAGGAUGCUUGAGACCUGGUACGACCCUCUUCUGUCCAUCAUCGGUAGCGAGCUGCUUGUAGAAUCACUGACUUCACUUCUGUUCUGGGCAUCGGAAAUUCAGUUUGACCUCAAUAUUAAGAAUGCCAGUUUUCUUGAUGAGACGUGGACCCUACCCGUCUACCGCCAGUAUGAGUUUGUCCCAUGUAAAGACCUAGGCGUGGUCAUCAGACACAUCAGGAAUCGGGUCCUGGUGGCUGAGGUGAAGCCAGACAGUAUAGGUGCACACAAAGAUAGAUUAGAGCCCGGUGAUAUACUGGAUGAACUGUAUGGAAAAUCUCUUUAUGGCAGUGCCAAAGGGGGCAAGAUUCCCUCUAUACUUAGACAACACGAGGGUUGGCCAAUUUACAUAUCAGUUAUAAAGUGUCAUUUGAGAACCGGAAAGGUAUUCUACAACAUAAAGGACCACCUUGCAGUAUUGAGGGACGAGUACGCAGGCUUCAAGGUUCCCAUCGACAGAGAUCCGAACCAUAACAGGAAGUCAUCUAAGGACAAAGAUCAGCGGGACAUCUCACACAAACUCAGUGGAAGUUCUGUUCAUAAAGUGAAAUAUGUUGGAUGCACGGGUGUUGGCAAGGAGGGUGGGACGUCCGUCAUUGAGAGCGCUAUAUUGAGAGUACUGGAAGAACAUGGUCGUAACCCUACGACAUAUAAGGAUGUGUUCUUAGAGCUGGGAGAGACCAAUCUGAUUACCUGGGAGGCAUCGGAUGAGGAUCGGAUCAUCAUGAAGCACUGCUACCCUGAAAUAUCAUCUUGUGGCAGGAGGGUUGAUGCAUUGCUGUACUUUGCCUAUGUCGCUGGUGACACUACAUGUACCAUAUCCAAGCAAUUCAAGUGCUUCGUCUACUUAGCAACUUGUGAUAAAGAGGUAAGUGAACUUUUUCAUCCAUGCGGUUCGUAAGUGACUGCGUCAUACGCGCACUCAUGCACUCAGCAUGUUUGUUUAUGUUGUAAAUCGAGGAUUUUCUUUUGUUCCUCUUCCCUUUUCCUUUGUUUGUA